AUGGGGUCACACCCCUUCCCUGGGAUGCCCGGGUCGACGGCUACCAUCCGCCCAGAUGUUGUGGAGCCCCCUUCGCCGGAGGAUGGUACGAACUUGAAGCGCAGUCUCCAGAUCGACAUGAAGGGACUUAUGGGCGAUGCGGUCGGGAAUAUGAGCAUAAGCCCCGAUAAUAGGGACGUGGUACUCGCCUCUCGCAAAGGAUUGUUCAUUAUCGACUUGGAAACACCCCUUCACGUUCCUCGUUUCCUUCCGCAGGGAGGUACUUGGGAUGUCGCUGACGUGCAAUGGAACCCGCACCUUUCCCAUAACGAGUACAUCGUAUCCACUUCGAGCGAGAAGCUUCUCAUUUGGAACCUUCUGCUGGGUGGCCGAACGUCUAUCGAGCACGUUCUGCGUUCACACUACCGGGCUAUCACGGAUAUCAACUGGCAUACCAUCGAGCCCGAUGUCGUCAUUAGCACAGGUAUUGACUCCUGGUUAUGGGCUUGGGACUUGCGCACGGUCCAGAAGCCUAUCAUGGGUUUAUGCGCGUUCGGUCCCGGAGGCACGCAGGUCAAGUGGAAUCGCGUAGACGGGAACAUCCUCGCAUCCUCUCACUCCAACGAGGUCUUGAUCUGGGACAGACGAAAAGGUUCCUUACCUAUGCAACGGGUUCGCGGGCACAGCGCGAAGAUAUACGGGAUCGACUGGGCGCAUGACAGGCGGAACGAACUCGUCACUUGCUCGCUAGACAAGACGAUUAAGAUAUGGGACACCCAUAUCGCGCAGCCGACCACGGUCAUCAACACCUCGUACCCGGUUUGGCGUGCUCGAGACCUGCCGUUCGGGCAGGGUGUCCUGAGUUUGCCUCAGCGGGGCGAGACGACACUCGAGAUGUACGCUCAUGAGGAUCCCACGACUCCUAUCGAGAAGUUCGAGGGACACGCCGAUGUUGUGAAGGAGUUCGUCUGGCGACGAGGCGGAGAAGACAACUCUGAGUUCCAGCUUAUAACUUGGUCGAAAGACAAGACCUUGAGGUUCUGGCCUGUCGAUACAGAGGUCGUACAGAAAGCAGGUCGGACCCCUACCAGGACCACUACGAUGAACCGUGGUCGGCAGGACUCAAAGGUUUCGUUCAGCAAUCCACCCAUCGGCAACGACCUUCCACCAACCCUCUCUGCACCGAUAGGAUUCCGUGGGAUCUUGGCAGAAGUUAGAGCGCCUCCCCCGCACCGUCCUGUGCGCUUUUCGAACCGUGAGUCUGCGGGGCGACGAAAGACCUCUGAUGCCGGUCGAGAGGACAAGGCGCAGUGGCCUCCGCGCUCGCGACCCGUCUUUGUGCCUGCAGUGGCGACGAGCGUGAAGGAUAGCGGAAACCCGGGGACGAUGAGCCGUGGCCCCUUUGCUGGAGCACGCUCUAACCAGAUCACGACGUUCCAGUGGUUGUCGAACAUCAAGGUUGGGCAGCCGCGCGAUGGCAGCUCCGGACCUAAGAGCGGGGGUGACAGUGGGAACGUCUCGAGGAUCAACUCGGGGUCGCGCCCGCCAUCCUCGACGGAUCUUACGAUGUCACAUACGGCUUCGAGGACACGCGGAAGGAGUAUGAGUAAGGAUAGGUUCGAUGAGCAACUAUCGGAUCUCAUUCCAUCGCUCAACGAAGAGAUCACGUCCGUUGUGAGUAAGCUCAACUCACCCAAGCUGAAGCUCGAGAAGGCCGACUUCAAGAAGCGGGACUGCACAUUCGGUCUCCAAGGGCCGUGGGGCGAGUCGACAUCCGUCUUCCUCCGGGCCACGUUCACCUUCCCGCGUGACUACCCACAGGCUAGCUACCCUGGAGGAAUCCCAACCAUUGACCUGGAGAAGAGUCCGCUGAUCUCGAUGAAGCAGCGCGCUUUCAUCCUGCGGCGGCUGCGAGAUCUCCGGGAGCACCAGCGGCCAUGUUUAGAGAAGUGCCUGCGGUUCCUGCUGUUUGGCGACCAACAAGUGGACAGUGCGCGUCAUGCGGCGAUUGACUCUGAGUCGUCGUCCGAGGACGAGGCGCAGACUACUAGGAAGGGCGACAAUACCCUCUCCUCUCUGCGGAGCGACAAGAAUCUGGCCGAGCCUAGGACCUCACAAGGGGUGUUUUGUGCCAACGGCCAACUGGUCUGCUUCGACAACGCACCCCCGAGGAUCGUCCGGAACCCACUCCGGGAGAUCUCUAUCUCACCCUCGAUAUCCUCCCGUCCCGCCGACGCCGGACCCAGGAUCUUCCAGUCUCCCGCCCUGCUGUCAGAUGCCGUGCGUCGGCUGACGUCCGCCGCCCAAGAUCGCGAGCCGCAGUCCGUCGAGCGCAAGCGGAGCGACGACGCGAACAACGUGGAUAACGUGCUGCGGAUCAUGGACGGGCUCUUCACCUUCUCGCACGUCGCCUACGCCCCCAACAAACCGCGGCGCGUGUCGGAGAACUCCCGCCAGGUGGACGACAUCCCCUCGCAGUAUGCGCUGCUGCCUGCGCAGAGGAGCAGUGGGUACACUGUGUAUAUCAACAGCACGGAUGGGCUUGUGGGGGAGCCGGACGCGGACGCUGCGGCGCGCUAUGUGUUGAAGGGAAAGCUGUCGGGGAUGUUUAAGGCGAACACGGCGAUCGCGAAGACGCUAGGUAGGAGCGACCAUGAACGAGUCUUGAGCAUGUUACAGGUGUUGGCGACUCGGAGGCCGGAGGAGCAUGCUUCGAUGACGCACCUUGGGAUCGACCCGCUGGUUGCUACGUUGGCUAUGAAGCUUUACAAUGAGCUUCUGGCGGAAAAGGACAUCCAGAUGCUUGUCUUUGUCUCUGUCCUACUCCUUCGGACGUUUCCACCAGAUUCGGAGGACGUACCCAGCGGACGGACACGCAUCUCUUCUGUUUCGCCUUCGCCGGACGGGCCCAUCGCGUCGCGCAAGAUCAGUCUGGAAUACUUCGACCCGCGUAGACAACGACAGGGCAGUCCUCUCUCGCCCCCGGUAUCGCAUUCGCCUACCCCGAUGCACACACCAGGCGGGUAUGCCCCACCCAUGGCUUCUCCGUCGUCGUCCAAAGGGUCGUGGUCAAGCAUCUUCAAUGCCAGUAGCAUGCGACAACUUGUAUCUGGAGUGAGAGCGGCGUCUGCGACGACUCCGGAGGGCGCGAGACAGUCUGCGGGGUCUGCGGGCAACCGGCGCGUCACGAUGAAGCGCGAGAGCGCGCGCCAGUCGUCGAAUUCGCCUAUGGCAAAGUCCUCCUGGGAAACGUCUGAUUCGUCGAUUCCGUCUGGUAUGAUGUACGCGUCGAAGAGGAGGCCGACGUUCUCGCAAGUGCUUUCUAGCAAGACGCCGAUUCAAGAGAAGAAGUCUAUCAUUUUCCACGCUGCGGUCGAGGCGCGGCCGUCUUCACCAUUCCUCUCACCUGCGCUGCGCAGCCAGUUGGUCUGCCAUGUUCUAGCUUAUGCGGAAAUGUUGCUCGCCUGGCAGCUCCCCGAAAAGCGUGGCGAACUGCUCAAGCUCGUCGAAAGCGAUAUCCAAGGGCUCUCCCUGGAUGCCACUGUAGCAGACGAGACCUUGUACUCGUCCCCAGUUAUCUGCGUCUUUGUGAGACCUGCGGACAUCUUGGCGAGCCGGGGAUUCCAACGUGCACGGCAUGCGGAGGCCGUCUGCCCGCCCGUUGUUCCGUUUGUCGCUUGUCCAUCAAAGGGCUCUUCCACGUCUGCUCGAAGUGUCUUCAUGUGA